AUGAGCGGAGCUGGCACUGGAUACGAUUUAUCAUCAACAACGUAUAAUCCUGAAGGAAAGGUCUACCAAGUAGAAUACGCAAUGAAGGCUGCCGAAAACGGAGGAUCAAUUAUAGGACUAAAAUGCAAAGAUGGAAUUGUCAUCGGUGGCGAGCGGAACGUAUUAUCAAAAAUGCUAGUCCAGAACAGCAAUAAAUGCAUAUUUGGAAUUACCAAAAACAUCGGUGCAGUAGUGACAGGAGUUAUUCCUGAUGGAAAAGCUGUGAUUUCAAGGGCAAGACAAGAAGCAACCCAAUAUGCUGAAUUCUAUGGAAAAGACAUUGGUGCAACAGUUCUUGCAGAAAGGGUAGCUCAGUAUAUGUAUCUUUUCACUCUUUAUGGAGGACUGAGGCCUUUUGGAUGCUCAAUUAUUAUGUCAGGAAUUGAUGAUGGAAUCCCAAAAUUGUUCUUGAUUGAGCCUUCAGGAGCUUUCUUUGAAUAUUAUGCUUGUGCUUCAGGAAAAGGUAACCAGGUAUGCAAAACAGAAAUAGACAAACUGAAUCUUGCAGAUUUAACAUGUAGAGACGCAGUUUAUCAUAUCCAUAAAAUGCUUGUUAAAAGUAGAGAAGAAGGGCAAGAAAAAAGAUAUGAAGUUGAUCUUUCGUGGUUAAGUCAGGAUGCGAAUAAUUUCUUAGUCCCAGUGCCUCUAGAUUUCAAAGAUGAAAUGGAAAGAAAAGCAAAAGAUGAUAUUGAAAGAGAGGAAAGAGGAGAUUAA